AUGGAAGAGGUCAUUGCAGGGCUGCAGAGGUUCACCUUCACCUUGGAGAAGGAUGUAGAGAUGCAAAAGGGGAUUGGACUCCUGCCUUUCCAGGGCAUGGACAAGUCGGGCUCAGCUGUGUGCAACUUCUUUGCUAAAGGGCUCUGUGAGAAAGGGAAGCUGUGCCCGUUCCGGCAUGACCGCGGGGUGAAGAUGGUAGUGUGUAAGCACUGGCUUCGUGGGCUGUGCAAGAAGGGUGACCAGUGCAAGUUUCUGCAUCAGUACGAUGUCACCAGGAUGCCCGAGUGUUACUUCUUCUCCAAGUUCGGUGAGUGCAGCAACAAGGGAUGUCACUUUCUUCACACGAACACAGCUUUCAAGACCCAGGACUGUCCUUGGUAUGACCAAGGUUUCUGCAAAGACGGUCCCCUGUGUAAAUACCGCCAUGUCCAUAAGACAAUGUGUAUUAACUACUUAGCUGGCUUCUGCCCCCAGGGACCCAAGUGCCAAUAUGCACAUCUGGGACCUGACAAUGACUUCGGCUGA